AUGGUGAAAUCCUACUUCAAAUUCGAGCAUUCGAAUACGUUCGGGCUCGUCGCUUCAGCGUCGUCAAAUGCCGUCUGGGCCAAAGACGAGCAAAUUGCAGGUGCAGCUCGACAAACCGGCUCCGGCCGAGCAAUCGUGGGCGCCAGUGAAGAGGUCCUCUGCUGGGAUGUGAAGAAAGGAGAACUAUUGGGCCGGUGGCGCGACUCGGCAUGCAAAGUGCCUGUCACCGUUGUCACCCAGAGCAAGACUGAUGAAGAUAUCUUCGCGGUUGGUUACGAGGAUGGUAGCAUUCGCAUCUGGGAUUCGCGCACGGGUACAAUCAUCAUAUCGUUCAACGGUCACAAGUCUGCUGUCACUCAGCUGGUCUUCGAUAACGCUGGUGUGCGUCUUGCUAGUGGUUCCAAAGACACCGAUAUCAUCCUCUGGGACUUGAUUACUGAAGUUGGUCUUUUCAGACUUCGUGGACAUACGGAUCAAAUCACCUCUAUCAACUUCCUCUUCCCUUCUCCGGAGCUACUCCAAUCCUCCGGACUCAGUGAACAUUCGGGCUUUUUGUUGUCGACAGGAAAGGAUUCAUUGAUCAAGGUCUGGGAUUUGGCAUCUCAGCAUUGUAUUGAAACACAUGUGGCACAAACGAAUGGCGAGUGUUGGAGCCUCGGUCUUUCGCCUGAUCAGGGCGGUUGUAUUACAGCUGGAAACGAUGGAGAGUUGAAAGUGUGGUCGAUUGAUGAGAGCGCAAUGGUUGAAAUUUCGAAGGAAAAGGUUGGGGCUGAGGGUCAGAGAAUUCUUCACGACCGAGGAACCUUCUAUCGAAAUGGUAAAGAUCGCACUAUUGGCAUUCGCUUCCACCCCCGUUUGGACUACGUUGGUUUCCACGGAUCAGAGAAAUCAGUCGAGAUUUGGCGAAUUCGGUCUGACACCGAAGUGCAAAAGAGUCUGGCACGCAAGCGCAAGCGCAGAAAGGAGAAGGAGGCUCAGCGUGAGGGUGAGGAGAAGAGCGUUGUGGCUGAAACUGACACUGUCGAGGAUACUUCAUCCGCUCCUGUCUCUGAGGUCUUCGUCUCGCAUGUCAUUGUUCGAACUGGUGGCAAGAUCCGUUCUUUUGACUGGAUGACCACUAAAUCUACCGGUCUGAAUAUCCUUGCCGCGACCACAAAUAACCAGCUGGAAGCCUACAAAAUUAUUCCAGCAAACAAGAAGGACAAGGACGAAGAUGAAUCCGACUACACGCGAAGCUUGGCAGUCGACAUCCCUGGCCACCGCACAGAUAUUCGAUCCAUCGCUCUUAGCUCCGAGGACCGGAUGCUUGCCUCUGCAUCUAAUGGUAGUCUUAAAAUCUGGAAUGUUCGCACAGAAACCUGUCUGCGCACUCUCGAGUGUGGCUACGCACUUUGCUCUGCAUUCCUGCCCGGUGACAAGAUUGUUGUGGUAGGAAACAAGAAUGGAGAGCUAGAGGUCUUCGACAUUGCCUCUUCUACAUUGUUGGAUACGAUCAAAGCUCAUGAUGGGCCCGUCUGGUCUCUACACGUACACCCGGAUGGCAAGUCUGUGGUCAGUGGAAGUGCCGACAAAACCGCAAAGUUCUGGGAAUUCAAGGUCGUCCAAGAGGAAAUCCCCGGUACCAAGCGCACUACCCCUCGUCUCAAGCUGGUACACACACGAACCUUGAAGGUCAACGAUGAUAUCCUCAGCCUGCGCUUCUCUCCUGACGCGCGUCUAUUGGCCGUUUCAUUGCUUGACAACACCGUGAAGGUUUUCUUUGUGGAUUCACUUAAGCUUUUCUUGAACCUCUACGGCCACAAGCUUCCUGUCUUGAGUAUGGAUAUAUCCUUCGACAGCAAGUUGAUCGUUACUUGCUCAGCUGACAAGACCGUGCGAUUGUGGGGUCUGGACUUCGGUGACUGUCACAAAUCCUUGCUGGCCCACGAGGACAGCGUCAUGGCAGUUGCGUUUGUCCCCACCAACAAAGAUCAAAAUGGUCACAACUUCUUCAGUGCAAGCAAAGACCGGCUCAUCAAGUACUGGGAUGGUGACAAGUUUGAACAAAUCCAGAAAUUGACCGGUCACCACGGCGAAAUUUGGGCUUUGGCCAUCAGCCGUUCGGGCGAAUUUGUUGUCAGUGCCAGUCAUGACAAGAGUAUUCGUAUCUGGAAAGAGACAGAUGAGCCGCUGUUCCUGGAGGAAGAGCGCGAAAGGGAGAUGGAGGAAGCCUACGACAGCACACUCACUGCAUCUCUGGAGCAAGACGAGGAUGGUGAAGAUGGCGAGAAGGCCGAGGCCGUCGACGCCGGUAAACAGACCACAGGUACACUCAUGGCUGGAGAAAAGAUUAUGGAAGCAUUGGACCUUGGUAUGGAGGAUCUUGAAUUGGUCCGAGAAUGGCAUGAGACCAACCCUAGCAGCAUGCCCCCAAAUCGUAACCCGAUUUACCUUGCUUUUGGCAACAUCUCAGCAGAGCAACACGUUUUGAACACCGUCCAAAAGGUCCCUGCUGCUGCCUUGCAAGAUGCACUCUUGGUUAUUCCCUUCAACCAGCUUCCUGCUCUCUUCACUUUCCUCAACAUGUGGGCCGAGCGCGAGUGGAACGUGCCUCUCACCUGCCGUGUACUGUUCUUCAUGCUGAAGACUCACCAUCGCCAGAUUGUUGCAAGCAAGAUGAUGCGCCCCAUGCUGGACAGCAUUCGCUCUUCUCUGCGUCGCGUCCUUGCUCGUCAAAAGGAUGAGAUGGGCUUCAACCUUUCCGCUCUGCAGUUCAUUGGUAACCAGAUCCGUGAGCAGAGCACCAAGGACUACAUUGACGAGGAGACAUGGACGGAGCCCCAGACCCAGAAGGGAACAGGCAAGAAACGACAAUUUGUGAACGUGGCAUAA